AUGAAUUGGCAUUUUGGCGUACAAAUCCAUGCAUAUACGAUUCGAUCAGGAUAUGAAGAUAAUUUGUUCCUUAGUACUACGCUUGUUGAUUUCUAUGCAAAAUGUUUUUGCAUUGUGGAUGUAAGGAAGAUAUUUAGAGCCAUGAAAGUGCACGAUCAAGUAUCAUGGACUUCACUUAUUGUUGGAUUUUCAGCAAAUAAAUUAGGAAAAGAGGCGUUCUUCUUGUUUAAAGAGAUGUUAGGAACUCGUAUUAUGCCUAAUUAUUUUACCUUGACUAGUGUCGUUAAUGCUUGCGUGGGGGAAAAUAAAGUCGUUAAUUGUUGUCCAAGUCUUCAUGUUCAUGUUGUCAAACGAGGAUUUGAUACUAGCAAUUUUGUGAUUAGUUCAUUAGUUGAUUGUUAUGCGAGUUGUGGACGGAUUGAUGAUGCUGUGUUGUUAUUUAAUGAAACUAGUGAGAAGGAUACUGUUAUAUACAAUACAAUGAUCUCUGGAUACUGUCGAAAUCUGUACAGCGAAGAUGCACUGAAACUAUUUGUGGAAAUGCGGGGGAAAAAUAUGAGUCCUACGGAUCAUACUGUAUCUUCGAUUUUAAGUGCUUGCAGCCGUCUCGCAGUGCUUGUAGAAGGAAAACAAGUGCAUUCUCUGGUUAUUAAAAUGGGUUUUGAGAAUGUGUUUGUGGACAGUACUAUGAUUGAUAUGUAUUCAAAGGGUGGCGACAAUGAUGAGGCUCGACGUGUGUUGCAUCAGACUUCUUGGAAGAACACUGUGUUGUUGACAUCCAUGAUCAUGGGUUAUGCUCAAUGUGGAAGAGGUGUAGAGGCUUUGGGAUUUUUUGAUUAUUUAUUAACCGAGCAGAAGUUAAUUCCUGAUCAUGUCUGCUUUAGUGCUGUCUUAUCAGCUUGUAGUCAUGCAGGAUUUAUUUGUUGGUGUAAGCCCUAG